CAACAACAACCAAACAGUUUAUGUGCUUCAUGUUUAGUCCUCGCUUCGGACACAUCGCGACGCUCGUCUUAGUCUUCGGGAUUGCAUAAGAUGAUACCUGGAUCUGCCGCAUCAAUGCUACCAUCUGCAGAAGCUGCGAAACUGUACCAGACCAAUUACGUCCGCAACUCCCGUGUCAUCGGACUUUUAUGGGCCAUCUUCACUAUCCUGUUCGGCAUCGUUAACGUGACCAUCUUCUCACAGCCCUAUUGGAUCGGAGAUGGCGUGGACACGCCGCAGGCCGGUUACUUCGGCCUUUUCCACUAUUGCAUCGGGGACGGGAUCUCCAGAGAGCUGGCCUGCCAGGGAAGCUUCACCGAGUUCGCCGCCAUCCCCUCCGGUGCGUUCAAAGCCGCCUCCUUCUUCAUUGGAAUGUCUAUGAUGCUGGUUGUCACCUGCAUCGGCUGCUUCAGUCUCUUCUUCCUCCUCAGCACCUCCACCGUGUACAAGAUCUGUGGCUGGAUGCAGGCAGCGUCAGGUGUCUGUCUGGUGCUGGGUUGUAUGAUCUACCCCGACGGCUGGGAUAGCGACGAGGUCCGGCGGAUGUGCGGAGAGCAGACGGACAAAUACAGCCUGGGCGCCUGCUCCGUGCGCUGGGCUUACAUCUUGGCUAUCAUGGGCAUCCUGGACGCCCUCAUCCUCUCCUUCCUGGCCUUCGUCCUGGGGAACCGGCAGGAUGGACUCAUGUCGGAGGAGCUGUUGGCUGAAAGCAAGGAGGGAGGAAAUGCCUAACCAAAUCUUUAGGUUCCUGAAUUUCCAUGUGUCUGUUUUCAUAAAGUACAAGUCCCUCAACAUCAGCUUACAGGAGUGAGGCAAUCCGGGUCUGUGGGGGAGAGGAAUACUACUGAACCAGCCAGCCUGCCGUUCACAUCUACCUGCCAAAAGCCCAGUGUAACAUUUUCAAGUCCAUCCAUCCUACCCGCAGUCCCUACAUCAUCCCCAGCACUUAGAUGGAGCCCAAUGCACUUCUGUCCUAAUGUGUCCGACCCUUGCACAACACUGCAUAGACCAUGGCAGGGGCAGAGACUGUUAUCCUGAAGAGAAGUGUACGGACCACCCACUACCUACCUGAGAAGACACAGGGUUGACAUUGUACACUUGCAGUGCGAGCACAGACAAAACACACACACACACACAUCAACACGCGCACACACACACACAAACACACGCGCCAGCUCACUACAACACAAACUUGCACAUAAACACUCACAAACAUUAAAAAAAAAAACAUGAACAAAUUCUGUAAUUACAAGUAUUAAACUAUGUUAACACUUAGCUGUGUGUGUCACCGUCAGAAUGCGUAUCAUGUUUUAUUUGUGCAAAGAAAAAAAAAAUCAUUUUCAGAUAAUAUCGGGUUGAUGUAAAUCUAUUGUGUUUAAAGAAAUUAAAGUUUCCGUUUCCUCCGUUGCUCAUAUGCCCCCUUUGUUCCCCUUAAUUUACUAGGAAAAAAAAAAAAAAAGAUAUUUAAGACUGUUUUAUAAGAAUAUUAUCAUCCAAAAAGAGACAAAACUUGUAUUACAAAGUAUGUACAGUGAAUAUUUAAGAUGUUCUAGGAAUUUUAACUAAAACCAUUCAACGCCCUGCUAGCUAACUUUGCACAGCGCUUCAGUUUGAGAAGAAGUCUGAUAUUUUCUAGUCUGUGUAUCUACACUGUGAUGGUGGCUAUUAGGACUGACUGCUGCAGGACUUCUAGCUACCGUGUGAGUGUGAUUCUGUAUGCGUGUGUUUAGGGAGCGCGGUGGGUGCAUCUGAGUGCGUGCAUGCACGUAGGUGAGUGUCGGUGUGAAUGCGACGUGUGCAAUAGUUUGUUGGGCUAGGGAACGGAUAUGCCAGCCUCACACGCAAUUGUCCUGUUGGUGUAGCUAAAUCUGUGUGUCUUUUGUCUCCAGCUCUUUCCGUUUUUCUCUCUCUCUCUUUGACUCCCUUUCUCUCUUUGUUUCGUUUGGGACAUACAGGGUAACACGGUGCAGUGGGAGCGUAGUGGAGUUUAACUGGUGUGCCUGAGUGUUUAACUCAAGUGGUGAUGAAUCAGUACGGCCUGUCCCAGCCUCACGUGUGGAUAUGUUCCUGUGUAAAUAGAUAUUCUGUAGAUAUUAAUUAGCAAACAUGGAGAAGGAAGUUAACUUACAGCAAUUAAAGAGAUUCCUUUAAGAAUAUAUGAACACUUAAUAAAGGUUUUCACUGUAAA